AUGGAAGCGUUUACAGCGUGGGUGAUGCACGGCACUCUAAAUCUGUGCCUUGCAGGGCAACACGGCAAGCUGGGUCAUGGCAACGAGGAAAAUUGCCACACAGCCAAGCUGGUUUCCCUUCCCGAAACGAAGGUGAUCAAGCAGGUGGCGGUUGGAGAGCAACACAGCCUCAUGCUUACGGCGAGCGGUGCAGUGUUUGCCUUUGGUUUGGGAGCGUACGGGGCCUUGGGCGUGGAUAGUCUCGAGGAUCACCACGCACCUACGCCAGUCGGCACGCGCAGCCUGAUCGCCUACAUCGCCGCGGGCUACAACCAAAGCUUCGCGAUCGACCACGACGGAAGGGCCUACUCCUUCGGGGUCAAUGGCCCGUGGCUCGGCCACAACAACCUCUCCAAGAGCUAUCUGUGGCUUUCUUCUCGAGCAUCGAACGAAAAGCGAAACGUGGUGGUGACUCCCCGGCGGAUCGGCUCGGUCAGCGACCUGAAGAUGAAGAGCAUUGCCGUGGGCAUGAAGCACACGCUUCUGCUGACCACCGACGGGCUGGUCUACGGAAUGGGCAAGAAUCGCACGGGCUGCCUUGGGCUGGGCAAGGGUCACAAGAAGGCGGUGUGGGAUGCGGUCAAGAUUGAUGCGCUCGCCAGCGUCAACAUUGAGUUUGUGGGUGCGGGCGAGAGGCAUUCGGUCGCAGUGAGCGAUGUCGGCACCAUCUACGCGUUUGGUUCCGGCCGAGUACCAACGGGGAUGAGCAAGAACGCGUCGCACGACUUGCCGCGACCAUUGGAAGGCACGAGGGCGAGUGCGAAGCCGCUACACGUAGCGGUGGGUCCUCGGCACACCCUGAUCCUCCUGCCAUCGCCGCUCCUUCUCCUUCCCGACAGCAAGAGUGGCUACUUUACAGUUACAGAGUCGAGCGAGGUCGACCCAAGAAUCGGGGAGAUGGAACUGGGUCUGCCUCUUUCCGUCCGAUUGGCAGUGUACAAUUAUAUGCAGCGAGUCCCGGCGACUCCGCGAAAAGAUUCGGUGAAGGCCACGAUCAGUCAAAACGACCUCUCCUUUGUGAAUAAGUUGGGAGUGGGCGCAUUCGGCGACGUGUGGGAGGCUGAUGACUGGGCGCCCACCGAUAUAUAG